AUGGUAUGGCACACACCCCUUCACCCACCUUCAACACACACACUCCAGGUGAUCCAAACUGACCACAACUUAAAACAAAAACAGAGCACCAACCCCGUCCCCACAAACUCAGCCCUCGCCCUCUCGCUGCUAACCUCCAUGGGCGGCGCAAUCGGGUACGCCAAAACAGGGUCCAUCCCCUCAAUCGUCGCGGGCCUCUCUGUAGGCGCGCUGUACAUGCUCAGCUUUGCGCGCCUGCGCUCCGGCCAGUCCUACGGUGAGGAACUCGGUCUGCUGGCCUCCGCUGUGCUGGGUGGGAGCUCCAUCCCGCGCGCUAUCAAGACGAGGGGUAAGCCCGUUCCGAUGGGACUGAGCGUGCUGGCUACCUAUGGGCUCGUGGUUUUCGGGUUGGCCUUCAGGGAUAAGAGGGCUGCUUCUGUUUAA